AUGCUGCUGCCAGACUCAUCCACCUUACUAACCGUUCUGUAUCUGCCACCCCUCUCUUCCAAUCCCUCCACUGGUCUCCACUCAGUGUCCUCCACCCCUCUCUGCCAAUCCCUCCAUUGGCCUCCACUCAGUGUCCUCCGCCCCUCUCUGCCAAUCCCUCCAUUGGCCUCCACUCAGUGUCCUCCGCCUCUCUCUGCCAAUCCCUCCACUGGCCUCCACUCAGUGUCCUCCGCCCCUCUCUGCCAAUCCCUCCAUUGGCCUCCACUCAUGUCCUCCACCCCUCUCUGCCAAUCCCUCCACUGGCCUCCACUCAGUGUCCUCCACCCCUCUCUGCCAAUCCCUCCACUGGCCUCCACU